UUGAAUUUGAUUAGAAAUAUAAUUUAAACCAAUAUUGGUAUGUGUUUUUUUACUGGCAUCACUGCUUUCUCAUUCAGCAUCAGGUGAAACAGUAUAUACUGCAAUAGUCCACUUGGAGUCAAAAGCACAUCAAAACAAAUCCCAUACAACCUGCACGAUUCAAGCUAGCUUCAAUACCGUGCGUGGAAUUUCAUACUACAUAACUCGGAUUCAAUCAUAACCGAAGCAGGAACAUAUCGAAGAUGCGAACAAAAAGCAAAGCAGAUAAACAAUAAUAAAAAAAUUACAAACACCCUUUGCUUGGCGAGCUGUCACAAUCGCGAGGCUUUUGUAGGGAUAAAAGGAUCCUAAAUUAGGAAGACCUCUUCGAAAAUGUUCCGUAACAAGUAAUUGUGUUUAUUGCUACUCUUGCAUGUAAGGAAAGCGACGAGCAUAACGUAAGAAACUUUAACUGGUCGCAGGGAGUCCUAUGCGAAGUCUGUUGUUUGCUGUAGGAUUGAGAAGCUUGGCCAUUUUACGGUACAGAACGUAAUUGCAAUUAGAUCUAAUUAAUGUGAUGUCUCAGUUGGCACCAACCAAAAUUUGUAUGCAAAAUGCGGAUGAAGGGCAUAACAUUGUCAGCUAUAUUGGAGCAAGGUGCAACAAGACGACGCAAAUCACCCCCUAAAGAGGAAUGUCCGAAAAAGCAAAAACGUGACUGUUGGCGAAAGAUCGCAACAGUAUUGAAUAAGUGCGAAAGCAAGCGGACACUUGAAGAGCAACGCCUGUUGGAAAGCCAGCCGGAAGUAGUGAAACAGAUCCUCGAGCGCCGUAAACGCAAUGUUGAGUAUAAGGAACGCGUGCUUGAGACGGAAGAUGACCCCGAUGUUAUCGAAAGAAAAGCCUUAAAGCUAGCACAAGCUAUUGCGAAAGCAAAUCAUCUGAUCGUCUAUACCGGGGCAGGAAUAAGUACAUCCGCGAAAAUACCAGACUAUCGCGGCAGUCAAGGAAUAUGGACGUUGCUUGAACAAGGAAAAGACAUUGGGGAGUACGAUCUUUCAUUGGCAGAUCCUACCUUCACGCAUAUGGCACUCUUCGAAUUACAUCGAAGAGGCAUACUAAAGCAUGUGCUUUCGCAGAAUUGUGACGGGUUGCAUUUACGAUCCGGGUUGCCUCGAUACUCGCUCUCAGAAGUGCACGGUAAUAUGUACGUGGAAGUAUGCAAACAAUGCAAACCCAACGCAGAAUACUGGAGGCUUUUCGAUACAACACAGUUUACCGCGCGUCAUUAUCACAAGACAAAUCGCAGAUGCCGGCGCUGCGGUGGACCCCUCAUCGACACUAUCGUUCAUUUCGGUGAGCGUGGACAGUUGAAAUGGCCACUCAAUUGGGCUGGUGUAACGCCCCAUACAGAGAAGACUGAUUUAAUCCUGUGCAUUGGAUCAAGCCUGAAGGUGCUACGGAAAUAUACGUGGCUGUGGGCCACAGAUCGGCCGAUCAAGAAGCGGCCAAAGAUAUUUAUCAUCAACCUCCAGUGGACGCCCAAGGAUAAGGUGUCGACCCUAAAAAUAAAUGGAAAAUGCGAUCAAGUGAUGAAACUGGUAAUGAAGCACCUCGAUAUCGAUGUACCACUGUACAACCGGGUGAAGGAUCCGAUAUUUGCUCAUGCAACAUUGCUGCUGGCCGACGAACAGCACACAGCUUCGCAGCCAAUGUUGAAGAAAGCCACUGCCACCAAAGAAGAAGCUGCUGAAGAAGCAAAGAGCAACGAACGAGAGAAAGAAGUCAAACUAGAACCGAACGCAUCGGCCAGCACAGUCGUAUCUCCGCAGCAGAUAUAUUUGAACAACCUGCUUUUUGCGCAACAACAGCAAAUUAGCACCAAUUAUAAUCAUCUCCUAAAUGCUGCCGGACGUUCGGAAACGCGAAGUUCUCUGCUGCCCGCCUGCAGCUUACCGCCACUAGUGCCCUACUCGAUGGCAUCUAGUGAUGCUGACCAAAUCAAAAAGGAACCUAUUAAUCCUUCGCUAGGUAAUGAACUAAAGCCGUUAUCUUCUCCUCCAGUGAACGUUAUAAAGAUCGAUACGGCGUCGAAUCUGUUCGGCAAUUUGCGACAAGUAUUGAAUACCAUGAAUUCUGGUGGAAUUUCUGCUCCCUUGGAUAGCAAAUCUUUUUCAGUCCAUGAUGAAAAACAUGACAACGCAUCCCAGAGGGCAACGGAUACGCUUUUACAAGUUCCCGUACCACUGUUGCUACAGCCCGGUGUUACUCUAGUCCAACAAUCAUUCGUGGCGAAUAAUGCCUCAGAGAAGAAUAAACCUAGCCCGGAGGCCCAGAAGAAACCACCGUUGUGUAACAAAAUACAACUGAUCGUAAAACCGGUAGUUGUAACCAAUCCGCCAAGCUUGGUGCCGAUAAAUCUUCACCGCCCUGAAGAUGUGAAACCAAUUUCGAAUGAGCUUGCUAAUCAAGGUUCAUCCAGUGCUGUAAAUAAUGCAUUGAAAAUGGAAUCUACUGACGAACCUUCAGCGGUGAGAAAAAGUGUGCCAAAAGAACUUUGGCAGGAUGAAGACAUCAGCGAUGUCGAUAGACUAAAUAUAAAAAGUGAAAUCACUUCGAAUGAACCAUCUGGUUCAGUUGAUAUGAAGGAGCAGUCUGUACCGAUGGAGUUGAGACUGGAAAAAAUCGAAGAAAAAGAAAUGUUCAGAAACGCAGCUGUGGAUGGAAUAAAGCAGGAUCAUGAAAAAGAGGUUGUGCCAGCUGAAUUAGCCGAAGAUAUCAGCACUAUAACGGCACAAAACAGCAUAGAUAUUGACACGUGGGCAGAAAAGAACAAAAACACGAGAGUAUUAUUAGAUAUGGAACAACUUAAUCCUAUUGCUGAUUAUACAGCAGACACUAAUGGCAACACGCUGAAUGGACCAGAGAAGAUGUUAAAUAAUCCACCCUGUCCGGAUCGUGACAAAGUAAACACAGAUGAUAUAGAAUGCAUUUCUAUACAUUCAUCAUCAUCCGAGUGUGACGCCGCUCAAAGGGAGAUAGAUUUUGAAACAGAUAUUGCCUGGCAUACCGUUGGCGCUGCUAAUCCUUCAAAAAUGGUUACAGCACAAUCAAAAGACGUUAGUGAACAUACGAACGAUAAGUUGAAUAUCGAACAACGCACCAUUGAAGAUGAUGAGAAUUAUGAAAAAUGUCAAAUCGAAAAAAUGGUUCAACAAGAUCUGUUAUCGAUUGCGCAAGCAAUUGAAAUGGAACAAUCGCUUAACACCCCAUACGAUUGUUCUACAAUUGUUCCUAUCGACAGAGAAGAAAUUCAAAAUGAGUACGAUAAGUCAAUUACAGGCACAGCUCCGAAGGAUCUAGAAAAAUGUGUUCCAGACGCAGUGCAAAAUAGAAUGGCACUUGAUAUUUCAACAAUCGGUGAAAAUAAUUCGACUCUAGAACUCUCGACUGUUUCAUCUCCUAAAAGAGACCAACAUGAUCAAGCAAAGGAUAUACUUCAUCGGCUUAAAGCUAAUGGUGAGUCUUCACCAAAAGAUGGCAGUAUUGAAGACACCUCAACGAACGAUGUAAUAAGUGGUGUAGAAGUUAAAGUCAACAACCAGGAAUCAACGCAUGCAAUAUCAAACAGAUUAUUAGAAAAACAUUCUAUUCAUGAUCUAAAUGAGAUCUUAUCAGACAUGAAAUUAUUACCUGAACCAAUGGAAUCAAACGGAAAGGAUACCAUUACAAGUGCAGAAUGUACGGCAUUGAACGUGAAGGAACAGAACAAUGAUGUGAGGCAUGAAUCGCAUCAAAUUAUUAACGAAGAAACAACGGAUUUAAUAAGUAACAGUACGACCGAUGCUGACCAUUUAUCACCUUUUGAAGCCAGUCCUCCAGUAUUGAACCCUUUAAUCGCAGUAUCUAACAACUUAGAGUUUUGCAAUCAAGAUGGGUCGGCGGAUAGUGAAAUACAAGCAUCCGUUUCUUAUCGGCAAGGUUCGUUUGAUGCAACGAAACCCGCAACUACAAUGGAACAAGUAUUGAGCAAGAUAGCGAUUGAUUUGGGGAGUGAAGAAUCAUGGCGGAAAUAUGACACGUACGAUGAUGAUCAACUAUAUUCAACCAGCAAAGAUGCAAUAAUUUCAGAACAGCUUAAAAGCCUAGAAGAAACAAAUUUGCAAACCCCUUUAAGUGAAGCGGUUGUUCAAAAUGAGGAUAAACAAACGGAUGGCGCGUCACUGGCCCACAAUUCCAACAGCAUACAAAUGAAUGGAGAUAUCGAAAAAACUAAUGAGACUUCAAAUGGUGAAUCAGAGGAUGUGAAGCAACAGCAAAGAUUGUCUGACCGACCAACUGAAAAAGAUCAUCCUAGGAAUGAAAGUUGUUACCAACAUCAAACGGAGAACGGUCGUGAAGAUUCUAAUAUGCAUAACCAGAUUGAUAGUUUAAAGCAGUUUGAAUUUCCAACAUCAAAUGCAAAAUCAGAAGAAUUAAUGAUCGCUGAAAGUCACAAGACUAACCAUCAUGAUGAAGUAAAUAGUUUCGUGCCCAUAGUCUGUGCAGGUCGAUCUUCAAUAGAAACAUUUUCCACCUUGGAUGAUGGCGGAACUUUUAAGGAUACUAGUAGUGCAUACUCCUUAUCGGAAACGAAUAAUGAUCAUGAAGACAAGCAACAUGCAAAACCGGAAGCCGCCUUGCAAAAGAUGGAGAAUCAGGAACAUGAAUCGAACUCUUCAUCGACCAUUAAAACGAACGAUGGUAGCACAGUUAAUGAAAGAUGCACAGAAGAAGAAUUACCGCUGCAAAGGCCCAAAGCUGACACCGAUGCAGAACCCAUUGUACAAGACGAAUGUGCGGCCAAACAUAUCCAGAAGUCGUCGAACCAGCAUAAGGCGGACGAACAACUACAUAUGGUCUUGAGUAAAACGGCUGAAAAGGAAAGUUCUGUAUCGAUGGACUUUAAUACCAAUGGCCAACAGUCUAAAGAAAAUUGUCUUCAAGCGAAGAAAGAUGAUCAGAAGUGCUUAGACACAAGUUUAAAUUGUGAAAAGGCGCCACCAAUUCACAAAUCUACGCAUCACCAAAAUAUGGUCAAAGUUGUGCUAAGCAAUAGUGCUCUUAUUGAGCUUUAUGAAGCCGCUCCAAGAUUCGCCGAUAAUUAUCCACCGGCACUGAAGUUGUUAGCGCCGGUUAAAUAUUCGCUUCCUUCGACUCACGUGGCUGGCAAGAUGUCCAAACCUGUCGAUCAACAGACGUCGGAACAUGUCACAAGAAACGAUAAGACUGAUGAGGUUAAUGUUAACUUAGUGCAGCAAGAUUCGACUCCAACUUCGUCCGGAUUGAAUACACACGAUCAUUCUACGACGAUGCUCAGAAGUUCUCCGGUACCGCUCUGUAAGAAGAUACAAAUGCCUUCCGCAUUGUUGCUUGCUCCGCCAAUGCACUGCAUCGGCAGUGCUCUGAAAGUGGCCCCACCAAAUGGUGCUGGAAACAGUAUUCCACCAGUCAGUAGUGUAGGAACAAUAUCUCCCUCAUUCAUACCGUUGCAAGGCGGUCUAACAACGAAUGCCAGUGUUGCGGCGUACAUGCUUAAGAACAACAGCAUCAUCAGCACGAACGCAAGGUUCCCGCAAGGUAUUUUAGGAUUUCCCGCCGGACUCGGUACAAAUCUCGUACUUCUAACAAGUCCUCCCAAACAUCAAGUGAUGACCCCGAGCAGUAAUCCAACAUCCGUACCAACAUCACCAACGGCCACAACGCCGACAACACCUGCAAAGUCUUUUCGUCUCGAGUCGGACGAACAGACGGACGAAGAGGAUGGGAAUAGUAUUAAAAAACGGCGUUCCAAGCGCUUAGAAUCCGCACGCCUGCAUAAGCAACUGGCAACUCCGGAAAAGACUGACUCCGACACCGACACCACCAUUGACCAGUGGUCGCCUCAGGAAAGGCGUCGGAACAAUCGCGCUAGUCGAUCAUUCGACGGAGCGCAUGAAAGUGACGAAAUGGGUGACAGUAGCUGCGGUGCGGGACGGUCACGAAGCUUUCGCAUUCGACGGAAGCCGGAGUUUUUGAACAUCAAACAUCCGGAGAAGAAAAAGAAACGUACGAAUGAUGAACCAUCAUUAGAGACAGCAACGUGUUCGAAGGCUUCGACUAGCGGGGGUUAUCAGGUGAAGGUGGCAAACAACAGUGAGUCAGUGGCAAUGACAACAAUGGCCACAUUACCUACUGCCAACCGAUUAUUUACGAUCUCGGCUCCAGUUGCCUAUUUUCCGACCCCAUUUGUCUCAACGUUGGGAACCAGCUCAGACGCAAUUAUUUCACAACAGGAAAAGUACAAACGCAUUCUCACGUACUACAAGACCGCGAUACAGCAACAUCAACAGUCUAGCACCUCCAAUGCACUACCACAAUGGUACGAUGUGAACUACGCCUACUCCGGUUUGCACAGCAUUAUACAUCCACCGCCACCGGACGUUAAUCUGUGGGGUGGAUCAUCGAUCAAAUUAGAACCGCAGCAACCGUUGGAAAUCGAAUGCAAGUUUUGCUUUGAAAACUAUUCACAGUACAAUUGCCAGUUUUAUCCUCCCCAGCCUGCGGAAUUUGUCGUCAAAGCUUUCCGUCGUGGCAAAGUAGUCGUGUGCGAAUGUUGUGAUUUUUCCGAUGGUGAAGCGGAGAAAACACAACCAGAAAUGGUUGCCGAAACCACUUCUAUUGCAACGACAUCGAAGGCAUGCGGCAGUGGUGAAGUAAACUCUUCCUCUUCGAUUGUAUCAAGCGAGGAAUUGCAAGACCAAACACGACGCCCAUUGGCAGAGGACCAUGAACCAAAGGAGGCGGAGGCUGCUACAAUGUCUAAAAGACCCAAAUGUGAAUCCAACAGUAUCGCAAAUGGUUCUUCAUCCACCGUCAAUGCUAAUGGCACUAAUGGCGCCGCACACCGACCGAAGGUGAAGCCGGGAUGGUAUGGAAAGGGCUAUCGGAAGCAUCUACGGCGCAAGAAGCGCACGAGCCAAGGAUAGAAGGGAGUGCAAGAUUCCCGAUUUUUAUGUACAUUAUUUGGUAUUACUUAAAACGAAAAGUUUCUGACUUUAUUGAACGAAAA